AUGGCGGACAAGCUACGGAUCUUACUCAUUGGCAAUGGCGGCCGUGAGCACACCCUCGCCUGGAAGCUCGCCCAGAGCAGCCGCGUCGAGGAGAUUCACGUAGUACCCGGCAAUGGAGGCACGGCUGGUGUUCCCAAAUGCAAGAACAUUGCCUCAGUCUCGGCGGAAGACUUUCCCGCACUCGUCCAAUAUGCCAGAUCGAACAACCUCAACUUCGUCGUUCCAGGCCCAGAAGCACCCCUCGUUGCUGGUGUCACCGAUUACUUCAAGAAGAACUUGCCAGAUGUUCGUGUUUUCGGUCCAAGCGAGGCGGCUGCACGCAUGGAAGGUAGCAAGACGUUCUCCAAAGACUUCAUGAAGAAGCACAACAUUCCCACGGCACGAUACGAGAACUUCACCAGCUAUGAUUCUGCGAGGGCCCAUCUCGAUCAGAUUGACUAUUCAGUGGUGAUCAAAGCGGAUGGUCUGGCUGCGGGCAAGGGUGUCAUCAUACCACAGACCAAGCAAGAGGCGGAGAAGGCUCUGAAGGACAUCAUGCUGGACAAGGAAUUCGGUGCGGCUGGCAACAGCGUCGUCAUUGAGGAGUUUCUUGAGGGUGACGAGAUCAGCAUCUUGUCGCUCUCAGAUGGCAAAGCUAUUCUGUCGCUACCCCCGGCACAAGACCACAAGCGGAUAGGCGACGGCGACACGGGGCCAAACACUGGUGGCAUGGGCACGUAUGCGCCAGCACCGGUUGCUACCAAGGACAUUCUCAACGAGAUUGAGAGGACUGCACUUCAACCCACCAUCAAGGGCAUGCGUGAUGAGGGCAUGACCUUCGUUGGCUGUCUCUUCACCGGCUUCAUGCUGACGAAGAAUGGCCCGAAAGUGCUGGAGUACAACGUCCGCUUCGGCGAUCCCGAAUCCCAGUCUUGCCUCACCCUUCUCAAGUCAGAUCUUGCCGAGCUGAUGGUAGCAUGCACCGAAGGUACCCUCUCAUCCAAGUCAAUGGACAUUGCAGCUCAGAGCGCUUGCACCGUGGUGGUCGCGGCUGGUGGCUACCCUGGUUCCUACCCCAAAGGCACUCCAAUGCAAGUCGAGGAUGCUCACGAAGAUGCUGGACUGUACUACUUCCAUGCUGGCACAUCGAUCAAGGAUGGCAACUUGGUGACGAGCGGUGGACGGGUCAUUGCUGCAACCGCGACCGGCAGCACGCUUCGAGACGCGGUUGACAAUGCAUACAAGGGCGUCCAGGGGAUCAAGUUCGAAGGAAUGCAGUACCGCAAGGAUAUUGCUCAUCGUGCGCUUCGGUGA